UGGGAAAAUGUUGGAAAUAGCGGGAAUAUGGCGGAUAGUUGCUUGGGAUCCUUUUUCUGUAAAGCCCCUCCUAUUCCUCCUCCUCCUCCUCCUCCUCUUUUUCUUCUCCAAAUCCCAAGAUUACCUCUUCAUUUUCCCUCUAAAUCCAUGGCUGCCCAUUGCCAUUACUCCUCUAACCCUGGACCUUCCCAGCCUUCCUUACUCGUCUUGUCUGGUGGCACGGCAUUCAAUGGCGUUGUAGAAGAGCUUAAGAAGUUAACAGUUCGUGUCGCUCAUGUUCUUCCAGUUUCUGAUGAUGGAGGAAGUACAGCCGAGAUUGUUCGCGUGCUCGGUGGUCCUGCUGUUGGGGACAUAAGGUCAAGAUGUUUGAGAUUGGCUGACCAAAGCACUUCUGAGGCUCUGGCUGUCCGAAGAUUGCUUGGUCAUCGUUUGUCUAUCAAUCCACAGCAAGCCAAGUCGGAAUGGUACAAAAUUGUGGAAGGAGAACAUUCACUAUGGGAAGGUGUAUCAAAACCAUACAGGGAAACAAUUCGAGCUUUUCUGGCUUAUUUCCAAAAUGAGAUUCUGAGAAGGCCUAAUGAAUCAUUUUGUUUCAGUAAUGGCAGCAUUGGGAAUUUUUUCUUUGCAGGAGCACGUGUAUUUUUUCAGUCUUUAGAUGCUGCAAUUUUUCUGUUUUCACGUGUUUCAGAUAUUGCUGCAGAAAGUUUGGUCCUCCCAGUCAUUUCAACCAAUGACAGGCUUACAUUAGGAUGUGAAUUAUGGGAUGGGACAAUCAUUCGAGGCCAGAAUGAAAUUUCUCAUCCAACCAAUGGAUCCAUGGGACCUGUAGAUAAGGGAAGAUCGUCAGUUCCAGCUCUUCCCUCGAGAAUAAAAAGGGUAUUCUACAUGUCAAGUGAGGGUAUGAAUUCACUACAUGAGGUCUUUCCCACAGUAAACCCAGCUGUUCUGGAGCAGUUGUCGAAUGUGGACUGCAUUGUUUAUGCUAUGGGCUCUCUAUUCACUUCCCUCUGCCCAUCAUUGGUCUUACUUGGCAUUGGGGAGAUCAUUUCUUCUAGGUCCUGUCCUAAGGUACUUUUGUUGAAUGGUACUCAUGAUCGCGAGACAACUGGCUUCUCUGCAUCUUCCUUCGUAACUGCCAUUACAGAUGCUUUGAAUCGAACAUAUGGAGAUUCUCAUUAUUGUUUAAAAAAACUUCCAAAUCAGUACAUCAAUACUCUUUUGGUGCCCAAAGAUGGUGAAAUUCCCAUAGAUGCCCAAAGCUUGUCUUCCCAAGGAAUCUUUGAUGUGGUCAUUGUAGACUCCAUACGUGACCCAAAAGUGGGUGUAAUUUUUGAUCCGGAGUCAUUGAUAAAUGCUCUUGGCAAUGUGGCCAUGUCCCGGACAUUGCAUGAAGCUGCCAUUGCUAACAAACAUGAGCAAUGGAUGGCACGUUAUAGUCGAGUUUACGAGAGCCAAUCAGAGAAGGACAGGCGUUUUAUGAUAUUCAAGGACAACUUGAAAUAUAUCGAUAACUUCAACAGUGCAGGGAAUAGGACUUAUAAGUUAGGCAUUAAUGAGUUCGCAGACUUGACCCAUGAUGAAUUCUUAGCGGCUCGUACUGGCUACAAGAUGCUAGACAACCCAACAACAACCAUAACAGCAUCAUUUAGGUAUGCAACCAUGACAGAAGUUCCAACAAGCUUGGAUUGGAGGCAGCAAGGUGCUGUCACCCCUGUUAAAGACCAGAGAAGAUGUGGAUGUUGCUGGGCAUUUUCAGCGGUAGCUGCCAUGGAAGGGAUAACCCAGAUUAAAACCGGCAAGUUGAUCUCAAUGUCCGAGCAACAACUAUUGGACUGCAGCACAAACGGCGGCAACCAGGGUUGCGAUGGUGGUUGGAUGACAAAUGCCUUCCAAUACAUUAUGGAAAACCAGGGCCUAACCACAGAGGAAAACUACCCAUAUGAGGAAAUGCAAGGAACCUGUGCCAUAGAGAAGGCGACAGCCCAAGUUGCUGAUAUCAGUGACUAUGAGCGGGUACCUUCCAAUGAUGAGGAGGCAUUACUCAAGGCUGUAGCGAACCAACCUGUCUCGGUUGCCAUUGACGGGAGUGGAAGAGACUUUAAAUUUUACUCGGGUGGAAUUUUUAGUGGAGAUUGCGAUACUGCUCUCACUCAUGCUGUCACAAUUAUUGGAUAUGGGACUAGCGAAGACGGUACAAAGUACUGGCUGAUCAAGAAUUCAUGGGGCCAGAGCUGGGGUGAGAAUGGCUACAUGAGGAUUCAGAGGGAUGUUGACACCCCAGAAGAAAAAUUCCUUAUUGCCAUGGUGAUUCUAUUGGGGACUUUGGCAUCUGCCAUGCCCCGCAGAUUGGAUGAAACUGUUCUUUUCGAGAAAUAUCAGCAAUGGAUGACUCGACAUGGACGCACCUAUGAGAAGAAAGAAGAGGAGAAUUGGCGUUUCGAGAUAUUCAAAGACAACCUGGAAUUCAUAGAAAAAUUCAACAUGGGGAAUCAAACUUACAAGUUGAGCAUCAAUCAAUUUGCAGACCUAACUAAUGAAGAAUUCCGAGCUUCCUAUGCUGGAUACAAGAUAUUAACUGGCAGAGUUCCACCCAAAUCCACAAGGGUCAAAUAUGAAAACCUGACCGAUGUCCCCGCUAGCAUUGACUGGAGGAAGAAAGGGGCAGUCACCCAUAUUAAGGACCAACGUUCUUGUAAAAGUUGCUGGGCAUUCUCAACCAUUACAGCUGUGGAAGGGAUCACCAAGAUCAAAACCGGUCAGUUAAUCUCACUCUCUGCGCAACAGCUAGUGGACUGCGUCAAAACCGAAGGUACUGAUGGUUGCAGCGGUGGUUGGAUGGAUGAUGCGUUUGCAUACAUUGUAAAAAACCAAGGUCUAGCCAGCGAAACAACAUACCCAUACACGAAUAAUGAUGGAAAUUGCAGCCCCCGGAAAGCUGCUAUUAGAAUUGUGAAGAUAAAAGGCUAUGAAGAUGUACCUCCCAAAAAUGAAGAAGCACUUCUAAAGGCUGCAAGCCAACAACCUGUCUCAGUAUCGCUUAAUGGUGGUGGACGUAACUUUCAGUUUUAUUCGGAAGGGGUAUUCACAGGACAUUGCGGGACCUCUUUAAAUCAUGCUGUUACCAUUGUUGGGUAUGGAACAAGUGAGGAUGGUGUCAAAUACUGGUUAAUCAAGAACUCCUGGGGCAAAUCUUGGGGUGAAAGUGGCUAUAUGAGGAUUCAGAGAGAUAUUCAUUCGUCUAAGGGCCUCUGCGGCAUUGCUAGAAAGCCUUCCUAUCCAGUGGCAUGAGUAGGCACGUCGACCCUCGGGUGCCCUCAUAAGUUAAAUACUCGCUCUUGAUUGGUCUCAAGUGUUCUUUGCCGUGAUAUGAUCGUGUCCUAUGGCUGUUUACAUAAAGCUGUCAGGUUAACUAUACAAAAUUGGGCUUC